GAGUCGAGAUCUGGAUCUGGCUGCCCUGCCCUUGUACAUCGAUGGAGUACCCGCAUUGGCAUAGAAGACGGGUGAGAGUCCCGGGCUCCUGUGUCUUGUCCAGUUCAGGGUUCCGGCAGGCAGAGUAGCCCCACCCCCACGAGCGGCCGCCGCCGGCGAGACAGGGGAGCAUGGCGACUUCCUCCUCCUUCACCGCCGUCUUCUUCAGCAGCGCCUUCGCCGCCUGCUUCGCAGAGGUGUGCACCAUUCCUUUGGACACAGCCAAAGUGCGGCUCCAGCUGCAAAGGAAGGCGCCACUACCGCUGCCACCGGCGGCUGCAGCAGCCACAGCUGCUGCUGCUGGAGGCACGCUAGCCACAAUCAUGUGCAUCGCCAGGGAGGAAGGGGUUGCCGCGCUCUGGAAGGGCGUCAUCCCCGGCCUCCACCGUCAGUUCCUCUAUGGCGGCCUCCGCAUCAGCUUGUAUGAGCCUGUGAAGGCUUUCUUCGUCGGAGGUGCUGUUGUGGGUGAUGUCAGUUUACUAAGCAAGAUUCUUGCUGCGCUUACCACAGGUGUGAUAGCAAUUGUUGUGGCAAAUCCAACUGAUCUUGUUAAAGUUAGGUUGCAAGCUGAUGGAAAGGCUAACACUGUCAAGAGGAGUUAUUCUGGAGCCCUUAAUGCAUAUGCUACAAUAAUCAGACAGGAAGGUAUUGGAGCUUUGUGGACUGGCCUUGGUCCAAAUGUCGCACGCAAUGCCAUAAUUAACGCUGCCGAGUUGGCCAGCUAUGAUCAGUUCAAACAGAUGUUUCUAAAACUUCCUGGGUUUACUGAUAACGUUUUUACCCAUCUUUUAGCUGGACUUGGUGCUGGGUUUUUUGCUGUUUGCAUUGGCUCUCCGGUGGAUGUGGUGAAAUCAAGAAUGAUGGGUGAUUCAAUGUACAAAAGUACUCUUGAUUGUUUUGCCAAGACACUAAAGAAUGAUGUCAGAAAAAUGUGCAUUCAGUUGGGUCAUAAUCUACAACAAGGAAUAUUAUCAUGGACCUUGUGCUUUCUACAAGGGAUUCAUUGCAAACUUUUGUCGGAUUGGGUCAUGGAAUGUGAUAAUGUUUUUAACUCUGGAGCAGGUUAGAAGAUUCUUUCUAUGAAGAGAUGCCUGCACUGCAAGUAGGGAUUGUGUGGGACAAGGGUAUGUUGAUAUAUAUGGGCGGCAUAUAUACGUAAUUGCAUGGUUAUUUGAAGCUACAGGUUCUCAUGGCGUCAACCAACAGAAAGCAGCCAUACUGCCACGAUGUUGUAAUCUUGUAUCGCAGAUUGAUCAUACAGACCGCUGUGUUGGUAUAUUAUAGAGAGCUGGAUUGGAGGAGAUUGAGAGAGAUUAGGAGAGAUUUUGACUGAUUUAAACCCACUCAAUUCCUUCCAAUCCAUUUGGAUUGAGAUUAAAAAAAGAAACCCUUAUGAAGUUUACACAUUCAGAUGCAUAUAUGCUUACAAACUGAAGAAUGAUGCACCCAUCCUGCCAUCCAUAUGCUGAUGAAAUUUGAGUACGUACAUUCAGAGGAGCAAGUUAGCAAAAUAUAGUAUUAUGUAAUAGGAGUAUUCUAGAUCAGAAAAUCUGAAUCUGGGGAAUGAUAUCCGAGCUUUUUUACGUCACAAUAAUUGAAAAGAUGUGUAAUAGUUCAUUUA